CUUCAAGUGCUCGCAACCUCUAUCAGUGGACGAUACCCCUGAAGCGUUGUCCUUUUUAACGUGCAUCUUAUGUCUGUGUUCACGUUUCUAUCUCGUUCCCUUCCCCCGUUGAUUAACAUACCUGGAGUGACAUCUACUCUUUGUAUCAGUCAAAAGCUUCUGCGGUUGUAUGGUCUCAUCUUUUCUGACUCCACCGGUGUAUAUGCAUUUGGACCUGAAGUACUUCGAUCUCUGCGAAAGCUGGAAAGUUUAGUUGACAAUUACAUGUUGCAGCUAGGAGCUCAGCGUGUUUUGCUUCCAACUCUGGGUCCGAGACAUAUUUGGGAAAAGUCUGGUCGAUGGUCUACUAUGCAGAGUAGCUUAUUCAGAUUCAAAGACAGGUUAUCUCAUGAGUACUGUUUGCAGCCAACCCAUGAAGAAUGUAUAACCAAUUUCGUUGCCUGUCUAAAUCUAUCAUAUAAGUCCCUCCCUGUUUUGGUGUAUCAAAUAACCAGCAAAUUUCGAGAUGAACCUCACCCGAAACAUGGUCUGGUCAGGGGACGUGAGUUUGUAAUGCAAGACCUUUACACAUUUGAUGCUUCUGCCGAGACGGCUGAGGAAACGUAUAGACAUGUAAAGACUGCAUAUUCGGAAUUGUUGGCUAACCUUGGGUUACCGUACCUAGUUGCAUGUGCAGAUCCAGGAAAUGUUGGUGGUCUCAUUUCAGAGGAAUUUCACGUUCAAGCUGAUGUAGGAGAAGACCGAAUAUUAGCGUGCUCAAAAUGCUCCCUGAAAUUCAAUUCAGAAUUCAAAGGUGAAGUUACCAGCUCACUGUGUUCUUUACAAUCUUGCCCAAAAGUAUUCAAUGAAGUUCAAGGUAUAGAGGUCGCCCACUGUUUCCUAUUGGGUGAACGAUAUUCAAAGUGCUUUAAUGCCACUUAUCGAUCCCCUUCAGGUUCGAAACUUAUGUUCAUGGGGUGCUAUGGUCUUGGAAUAUCACGUUUACUCGCCGUCUGCAUCGAACACUUGACAAGAGUUGCAUUUCCUGACAAAUCUAAAGAUCAGAUCACACAGCUUCGAUGGCCUGUUCGAAUCGCACCAUACAGCGGAUCAAUAGUUCUACAGAAGGAAACGGCCAAGGAUAGUGUGAAUCCAGAUGAGCUGAAAUACAUUCUCGAUACCAUUCAAAGUGAUUCCAUCAACUUCAAGUUAUCUGGUGACAUUUUGGUGGAUGAUCGCAAAGAAUUAAGCUUGGGUAGAAAAAUUCUGGAUCAAAGCCGCUUGGGAAUACCCUGGAUACUUAUUGUAAAGCCUUCUGCUAGGUUUCCCCCUUCCCAUUGGUGUUACAUACAAACGUAUACUACAAAAGGAACUCUAGGUGAAUAACUCGAUUACUAGGCGCAUCAUGACGUACAGUAGUAACCGAUCAAUCGUACUAAUGAAUCUGCUUUUAAGCAAAGCUGCAUACAUACUGAGUGGAGUCAGUUAUAAGUUAUUCAAUUAUUAAUUUUUACUUUAAAAAUUUUUAGAGUCAGAGAGAUGGCAGAUAUGAAUUGAUUGAUGUUUAUAAAGACAGAUCAUGUGUAGCUACUCUAGAACAAGCCAGAUCUGCAUUCAGUAACCCUGCAGUAUUUGAUGCAUCAUCUCUCCCUUCUUGGGAUCACCGACACAAUGAGCGCAAUAUAAAUGGAAACAAACUCAUUUAACUUGGUUAGCGCAUACAAAACAAGUUAUUUAAAUUUAAAAACUGUAAUAUAAUUUAAAACUAAAGAAAUAUGUACAAUAAAAACUUGUUUGAUAAUCCA